CCAUUGUGAGGCCCCAAUUACCGCCUUUCACCGGAUGCACUGUUAUCACCGUCGCGAAACUGAAGCUCCACAUGAUCUUCAUCUCAUCACUCGUGUUCGAAACAUGCGUUAUCAUCCUCACUCUCAUAAAGGUAUACCCCAUCUUUAGGUAUGCGCCGGGACGACUACCGCUCGUAACCAUGCUCCUGAACGAUGCUAUCGUGGUCGGCGCUAUAGCCUGUAAUCGCUUACUCAUACGUAUUCAGGAGCUGCUACUGCGGCGCGAAAUUGUUGAAUUGGAGACGAUGGUAGGCACAGGUAUCACCGGACGGGUUGCGGCUGGGACACUUCAACAUAAGACUGGUGAUAUUGCGCUUUCUCCAACAGCCUAUGGCCAAAGAGACAGGCGAAUCCGGAGACCUAUAUCGACACAGUGUUUCUUGACAGAAACGAUAUGUGUUGGGCACCUUUAUCCGACAGGUCGACAAGCUUCUGAAGGUCGAAAACCUUCGCUCGCUGGAGCUUCUGGCGAAGUCAGCUCUGAGCCCCGAUGUUUGGCCGCAGAGUCUCGAGCAGAAGAAU